AAUCGAAAGGAAAAUAUAUUUGCGAAAUAUAUAGAAAAAUGAGGCAAAAUAUUUGUAAAAUUGGUUUAGUUUUAUGUGCUAUAAAAAUGGUAAUGAGCUAUAGCACUCGCAAUACAUAUUCUAAUUUACAACAAGAUGUCCCCGAUAAUAUUAAUAUGAAGCCAUUUGUUAAAGUGGGCACGAAAUAUUAUCAUUUAGGAGAUACUAAGGUUACUUGGCAUAAUGCCUACUCGAUUUGUCGAAGUUUGGGCGGUUUUCUGGCCUCUUUAGAAACAUCUCAGGAAGCAACACAACUAUCCGAUUAUUUGAAUUCAAAAUAUUCCACAAAUAAAAUUUUUUGGUUGUCUGCUUCAGAUCAAGAUGUCGAGGGUCAGUGGUAUUGGUAUAAUACUGGUGAAGUUAUAAUUUAUGCUAAUUGGGACGCAGGUCAACCGGAUAAUUAUAAAGGUAAUGAGAAUUGUGCGCAAUUGCUGAAAAAUGGUGGGAAGUAUAAAAUGAAUGACGUACAUUGCGGAUUGCGUCAGUAUUAUAUUUGUGAAACUGAUGAACCUAAAUUGGCAUCUGUUGGUAUAUAUUAGAUCCUUUCCAAAAAAUAUAAAUUUUAUUUGAAAAUUUUCGAAAAAUGCUUACGUUGGAGUGACAAUUGCUUAACAUUUGGCAAAUAAAUCAAACUAUGUGGUCUUAUCAAGUCUAUAAAUGAAAUAUAAUUUGAACCAUAAAAACAAUUUUAAA